GCGCGCAAUUAACCGGGGAGACUCUAAAACAGCCAGCGGCGCCAGGCACCCUUAAGAUGACUGCACUGCAGGGCACGGGUGUGAGGCUGGCAGCGCUGGCAGUUCGCACGGGACCGGCCUGCAAUCUUCGGUGGAGCCGCGCGAGGGCGCUGCGGGUGUCGUCGGACUCCUACAGAAAUGCCAACUUGUCACCAAUAUGAAGAGAAAUUCUUCCUCAAGUGCCAGAGGCCAGAAGGAAACUUUACCCAGCAUCUGGGACUCACCUACCAAACAGCUCUGUUCUCGUGCCUUCCUACAAGGAAGAGAAAUUUGCCCGUGAUGAUGGACGAAGCCCUGAACUACCUGGAACAGAGACAGGCUCAGGUCUCUUCCCUGUUGGAUUCCUGUCCUGACUUCCUUCGAGGACGAACAGUGCUGUGGACGAAGAAGACAAAUAAACCCUUUCCUCCCCAGCUUGCUUCUGGUCCGUGUAAGACAAAUAAACCCUUUCCUCCCCAGCUUGCUUCUGGUCCGUGUAAGACAAAUAAACCCUUUCCUCCCCAGCUUGCUUCUGGUCGGUGUAAGACAAAUAAACCCUUUCCUCCCCAGCUUGCUUUUGGUCAUGGUGUUCAUCACAGCAAUAGAAAUCCUAACUAAGAUAACCAGGAUGGCAAUUUUGUUUUUCCCUGACACCUUUAGUUGACACCUUUCUGGAUCACUUGGGGGAUAGGACUGGGGUUGCAACUACACUACUGGGCUUCCUUGAUCCCAACACAAGGACCAGAGAAAGGGAGGCAUCUUUCUACCUCUGUGCUUCAUCAUUUGACGACCGGUCUUUCAGACCCAAGCCUUCCAUUCCAAGUCAGGAAUUGAGGUGACAGAUGUGAGUCAUCACUCAUGUAAGGGAGCAAGGCUGGGCUACAACCAUCAGGGCUUCAACUUUCUUCAGAGUGUUUUAAAUGAUAAAAAUAAACAACCCUAUAUGAGGUAUUUGUUUUAUAAUAACAUGUGAGUGUUGUGUCCAGAUUACGACCCCCAGAGAGACCAUCAAAAACCAGAGAAGUCCAGACUGCAAAAAGCAAGGUUUUAUUGCAAGCUAGCUCGGGGUGUCUCCAACACCCCGUUGCAGCAAGGUAGAGAGGAGUUAAGAGUUCCUUUGUGGGGUUAGCUUUUUUUAAAUGCAAAAAUCACAAGCAACCCUUCUUGCCAGUCAGGGUGAUUUGGCACAGGUGCAAGAUCUUUGCUCCCCCUCCCAUCCUGUUUAGUCAGCUUGUUCUGUUUUCAGAGCAGGACACCCUGCUCUGAAAGUCAGACCAUCUUUAUCA